AACUGUUCGAAUACUCGAUAUUCCACUUCAAACUCACUUCCAGUUACGAACUGACUGAGCAAAUAAUACAAUUGCGAGUUGCGCUGCUCAUUCCUAUUGUUUCCCGGACAAAGAAGUAUACGGUGCUAGUAGGCAAUAGGUAUAAACAAUAUUGAUCUUUUUUUGCCUUUUGGUGAUAAAACAAACACAAUCACAACAAGAAAUUAUUUCGAAAACGCUUGUUUGGCGGUAUAUUCAAGGUGAAGGGCAGAAGAACUACACUUAGCAAGCUCAAACUCGCUUCGGUGUUUGUAUUAAGGAGGCUAUUCCCUCAUCGUAACUCUCUUGCUAAACCACAGCAGAAGAUAUCGAAAUUUAAAGUAUUGAAUGAUAUUUAUAGAGAUUACAAAGCUUUAAGAACUCCUUAUCCGUUGUCGCAAAACACUCUUCUUAGAGUUCCUUCUAGAUUUAAAAAACAGAUACUUCGAAAUGUCAAGAUGAGUAAUUCGUCCACAUCAGAUUCAAACUCAAACCCUCCGUCAAGGUCUCAUUCUUCUUCUCCUUUGGAAAUUGGGCCUCCAGCAUCGGCAUCUUCAGUGUCAGCUACACAGCUGGGGAGAGUUUCUCCAUCACCUCAAGCAUCAAGCUCUGCUUCUACUGGUUAUAUUUCCCGACGCCAAAGACUAUUGGGAUUUGCGAAAACUACAAGAGAUACCUACAUCCCUCGAUUUGCAGGGUCCGUAUCUCAAAUUGCAUCAGGAGUGUCCAAACAGGUCUACGGUGUAAAUGACUUAUAUGAUUAUCAGGGUAAUUUGGUUCUUCCGAAAGAUUCCUCGAUUACCUUGUUUCCUUCUUAUACACGGAAAUCGACGUCUGAAGAUGAUUCUUAUGUGAUUGAGGUGAAAGGUUGGCUCUCAUGUCCUGGUCAAAUGACGAGAAAGAAUAGAUUGAUCUUAUCAUUAGCUAAGCAAAUCACUAAAUAUGGGGCUAAUAAUGUAAGUACUGAAAAUGCAAUUAGUAAGCUUGAAAGUGACAAAUUAAAACAUGACGUUGUGGAAGACCAUAAAUCAGAUCCUUCUGAUCUCAACUCAUCUGCUAGCUCGGAUGAUUUGUCCAUCAGUAGCACAUUCAUUGAUUCUCCAAAUACUGAAAACAAUAAUAAUCACCAAGAUGAACUUAUCAAAGAAAGAUUACGUGCUUUCAUAGCUCGUUCGAUUGCUGGGGCAGAAUUAAAUAUCAUUAUUGGCUCUGAAAGUAAAGUUGACCAAGAUAAUGUCAAAAGCCUUAAAGUUGUUACCGAUGUCAAUGGUCAUUUCGAAGCAGAUAUUGAAGUUUCUUACAAACCUUCAAUAGUACAAGUUCAAGCAUGUAGUGAUGAGUCUAUCUUUUCAUUCCAAGAUAUCAUGUUCAUUCCUCAUGAUGGUUUGGGAGUGAUUAGUGAUAUCGAUGAUACUAUUAAGUUAACUGGGGUCAUCGGUGAUAAGAGACAGUUAAUGACUAGUUUACUUCUUCAUGACGUCUUCUCGUGGAAUAUACCUCCAGUUGUAAAAUGGUAUACUCAACUAUAUCAUGACUUAAAUCUUUCGUUCCAUUAUGUGUCUAACUCCCCUUGGCAAUUAUUUUCCGUGAUUGACAAAUAUUUUAAAGCAGUUAAGCUACCGAUUGGUUCAGUGCAUCUCAAGCAAUACACCGGUAAUAUCAUUUCUUCACUUAUGGAACCCUCAUCUUCAAGAAAGAAAAGAGCUUUAUAUAAAAUUUUGGAAGACUUCCCAAAGAAAAAGUUUAUUUGCGUUGGUGAUUCUGGAGAGCAUGAUUUAGAAGCAUAUACUGAUUUAGCAGCUGCAUAUCCUAACAAAGUAACCCAUAUAUAUAUCAGAUAUGUGAAAGAUUCUUUAUCUGAUAUUGACGAUGCCAGAAUUUUACAGGAAGUAAGAAGAAUGAUUAAUGAACGGAGAAAAAUCAAAUCUUUUAGACAAAAGCAGCAUCCGUCAGUAAAAGAAUCUUCCGAAAAACCUGCUGCAUCAGAAAUUGAAGAUUUAAUAGACUUGACUAACCUGACACCAUCACCACCACCCACAUUAGAUCCUAAAGCUGCAGACAGAAAGGCAAAACUACCGCCAAUGAUACCCUCAAAGCCAAAAUCAUUUCAAGGUUCUAAAAUAGCUCGGAAACCGCCUUUACCUGAGCGUGACAGCUCUAUAUCACCACCUUCUAGUCUUUCUAAAUCAUCCACACCCUCGUCUGUUUCUACUGGACAAAAAAGUAAUGCUCCGAAACCGCCUUUACCCAGAAAGACUGUGACAAAUGCAGAACUCAACAGCAAAUUAAGCUCACAGAAUAACUCGAUUGAUAAUGUGAGCGAAAGUAAAGCAGCACUGGAUGAAGAGUGUCCUCCACCGCUUCCUUCAAGGACAACAGGGGCCAUUGGUUUAGACUCCCGCCGUUCUAGUGGAGAAUUUGAUGUCUUCGAUAAUUUACAUAAUGUAUACCAUUUCCAUAAUUAUGAUGAAAUAGAGCUGAUGGAUAGCAGAGGAGCUCAAUGGUUGGUAAGGGUUGCUGAAUCUCUUGACCGUUUGAAGUAUACUGACACGGAUAUACACUUCUUUCAAGAUGAUGAUGAUGACUUUUUCAAAGAUGCUUUAGAACUUGUUUCUAAAAAUCUACGAGAAUGAAAGUAAAACCGUAUAGCUACAAUUAAA